GUAGGACAGGAGACUAUUGUUUCCCCCCUUUUUGGUCUUCGUCUCUCAUGAAGUCAGAGAUCGUCAUCCAAGUAUGCCCGCAGCCACGAUCAGCCGCUGUCAAUCUCCUGUCUCAACAGAUCCCGCAAGAUCCUAUUCGUGCGGCACUCAAAGGCUCUGCACCCAACGGUGUUGCCUCGACAUGCGCACCUUGCUUCACGGAUGGGUCUGAUUCGUGGGUGGAGCAGGAACUUUCUUGGAACUACCGUUGCGCAGUCUUGAGCCAAGGAGGUGUGAUACGCCGCAAGUGGGAUUUCUUAGAAGAAGGUCAGAGCAUCCAAUACGCGUGUCUGGGACGCUUCGCACACAGUACCGAGGCCACUGGACCUGUGCAUGGAAGCGCGCAUUACACGUCCUCCAAAGAGGAGUACACGCACACCGGACCAACAAGAGAAGCACUCCCAAGAAUGAACUCGCCCAAGAAGUCGUUCCAGCGGUUUUCAAGGCGUGGCCACUGCAUCCUCACGGCAGUCCUGAUACAACGGGUUCUUGAGCCGAUAGAGGUCGAAGAAGCUCGUUUUACAGGUGACACACUCCUUCCAACAAUCUUCUCAAUUACGAAUCCUUUCGCGGAACCUACUGCUAUUGGAAUCACAACAGGCAUUGUGGGAGGGCACGGUGACACCCCAGUCUCACUUUCUGAUGAGGAUGAACAGUGUUCCAAGCCCCUCGCGGCUGUUUCCGCUGCAGAAGAGGUUGUCUGGGUGUCUACAUACAAUUCUGAUAUCGCCGUUUUGAUAACGUUCAACGAGGAGAUAAGACAACUCGCGAUCUGGAGAUACAUUCAUUUGAAACCGAAGGGCGCAUUCGAUCCUAUCGAGCAUGGCAGGACGAAGGUCUCCUUCUGGGUACAAAGGCUGGCUACACGCCCCCUUACGAACCUCCCGCAUGAUGGUUCGGAGUUCCGCACCCUCCUGGCUAUCUGCAUUUCUGGUACACAAGCGCUUGUGUAUGCCUUACCAGUCAACCAAACUGGGCAAUGUCCUCAUGCAAACUUUUUGACGACCAUCGAUGCCACAUCUGUCAUACCUAUACGUUCUACCCGAGCGGAAAUGUGGGACUUAUUGGCCGUGAAACCAGGGGGGACUGUCUCGGUUCUUACGCAUGGUCUCUAUGAUUUACCCAUUCAACUGCGUCUAUCCGCAUCUUGCGACGUGCAAACGCAAGGUGCAGAUCGACCAUCUGAUUCCGAGGUCAAAAAUAUAGUAGCAGUGAAGUGGGGAUCCAUAUCUUCGGUCACCCUGAUAUGCUCCAGCGGAGAAAACUACCGUGGCAGAUUUGAUAUGAUUGCUCAAGAUCCUUUGGUAUCUCAGGCUUUGCAGGUCCUUGCCCUAGCUCUUCCCAAACAAGAAGCGUUCGACGUGCAUCGCAAAUUCCUAGAAGCAUGGAGUCCACAUUACUUUCGGACUUGUUUGAAUAUGGAAUUUCAUGCACUUUCACUUGCGAUUUCUUCCGUGCUGGAGCUCUCACCAGUGUACCCAUUUAAGGACGACAAACCGCCUUCCACUCCCUGGGACAAGUUUUGCCACCUUGCUGCUAACUCCCGGUCUUUUGCAGAUGACCCCGCUCUUCAACGACUAAAGUUGCCUGUUUCUCCUGUUUCUCGCCAGUACUUUUUGUUCACCUUAAAGCCAAACCCACUGUUGGCCUCCGUACUGUAUGCGUUACACAUGCUUGCAGAAGACCUUCGCCUGACGGUCCAUCGUUACGAUUCACUUCUACUCCUCGUACCACUGGUUUGCCAGAUCGCACACAUCAUACGGCCUGAAUGGGUUGACUACUGGAAACGCCUAUGUCCCGACAUCAUGCCAGCUUGGCCCUCGCCAUCUGCUAUUCGUGCUGACACGCUGGACGAUCGUAUACCAGUUUGGCCUCCUGAUAUGACGGCCGUAUUGUAUGGGAGGCUUAGCAACCCGGAUUGGAAGUUCUUACCCUACGAGAGCCCGCGAUUGGCAUCACUUUUCGAUAUCCAACCAUCACGAGCGGAGUUGACAGUAGAGACGCUGAUCCAGACGUGGGGAACAGCAAAAAAGGGCUUUCUUUUUUUGGAUCGCUUACCUCUAGGUAUUGCGGCACCCCUUCGCGAAGCUAUUCGAACUUGCCAGCUCUCACCACCUGGUAACUGGCGAUCGGAACAUUAUGAGUUGGUGGGUCGUCGGGACUUGGCUUUCAGCGUUGCCAAGGUGCAGCCGGUACACUUCCAACAAGGAUUGUACCAGUCUCCCGAAAAUUACAUGAACUCGCACUGCCGGGUCACGAUAAGUAGCCUCGUCGAUCAGGCCAAAUCCGCAAGUAUUGGUGAAAUUGACGCUGUUUCGGGCGUGGAGCUGGAUCUGAAUGGCUUUUCGAAAAUCCGAUUUGGCCAAGACCGGAGGUUGGAAGAAGUUGCUCGCAUGCUCUGCUCUUCAUCGAUAGCAUCUGCGCGGCUCGUGGAGCGACCGGACCUCAAUGAGCAUGACCAAGCGAAGGAACAGCAGCACCAGGUGGUGCGACUCACAGAGCGGACACUAGCUUUGCCUUAUGGGAGAGCUAUGUUCACAUUUGGCACGGUGCAGACAGUCACUAGGGAAGCCUAUGUGAUCCCUAAGAUGGAGUUUUCGGUCCGAAUUCAGCCGUCUAAUGUGAUUGCAACACCGGAACCUGGCAAGAUACCAGUGGAGUGCGUUAAUUGGGGAGAGUUCCACAAUGGUGUUGCUGCUGGUCUACGAAUUAGCCCUGGCGCUCGUGGUGUAGAGAGCUCAUGGAUCGCUUUCAACAAACCAUCCGAAUUGACACCUCAACACGCAGGAUUCUUGUUCGGCCUUGGACUCACGGGCCACUUAAAGGAGAUGUUAACAUGGCAUACGUUCGGCUAUUUGACGCCAAAGCAUGACUUCACAUCCAUUGGAGUUCUCCUUGGACUCUCCGCUGCUAAUGUCGGGAGCGGAAACAAGCAUGUUACAAAGUUGCUCGCUGUCCAUACACCAGCGCUCCUCCCGACGCCUACCAUUGACCUCAACGUCUCCCUCAUGACUCAAGCCGCCGGCUUGGCCGGAGUCGGUAUUCUUUAUCUCGGCACGAAGAACAGGCGUAUGGCAGAAGUUUGUUUGCAUCAGAUAAGCCGCAAGGAUCUUGUCCAGCCCGACCUCAGUAACGAACACCGGGAAGCAUACACGUAUGCAGCUGCUCUUGCACUCGGGAUGAUCAUGCUUGGUCAGGGUUCAUCCACGCCUGCCGAUACAACUUGCCUUCAUCGAUUGCGUGUGUUGGUGCACGGUGAAGUCAAAUCUCUAGCGGGCACAAGCUCGCGUCCCACUUUCGACACCAAUAUCACCUCACCCGCAGCGACAGUGGCGUUAGGCCUCAUGUACUUAAAGACCGGGCGAAGAGACGUGGCAGACAUACUUGAAAUCCCGAGUACGAUUAUAGAGUUGAACCGCAUCCAACCAAGUUUCCUGUUGAUGCGUACGAUUGCGAGGUCUCUAAUUAUGUGGGACGUUAUCGGAUCAACGGAGGAAUGGGUACUGAAGCAAGUUCCGGCGCCGAUAAUGGAGGCAAUGCAAGAGCAUAUGCUUGCCAAGAAGGUAGCCGAUGAUGCUAUUCAACUAGCUUACUACAACAUUUUGGCUGGUUGUUGUUUCGUCGUGGGGCUCAAGUAUGCUGGCACGGCGCGCCACGAAGCAUACACGAUGCUGUCACACUUUUUCGAUAGCUUUAGCAGGUUUGUUGCGUCCAACGGCGUCGCCUUCGACCAUAAAAUCAAGCGCUCUGCCGUUCGCGAAGGUCUGAACUUGAUCUCCAUAGCGUUGUGCAUGGUUAUGGCUGGCACUGGUGAAAUCUCUUGCUUGCGGAGACUGAGGUAUGCCUACGGAAUGUACCACCAAGCCUUUAGGUAUGGAGUACAUGUCGCAACCCACCUCUCUCUCGGGCUACUUUUUCUGGGGGCCGGUCGAUUCACACUGGGUACAUCUAACGCCGCCAUAGCGUGCCUGGUUACCGCGUUCUUCCCUCGUUUCCACCACGUCUCGUCUGAUAACAAGAGUUAUCCCCAAGCUCUCAGGCACCUCUGGGUCCUCGCAGUUGAGCCGCGGUGUCUUAUUGCGCGUGAUGUCAAUACAUGUGAAGCAGUUUAUCUUCCGGUCAAGAUUACUACUCGAGAAGGCAGCGAGAAAGGCAGUUCGCAGCUGAUUUCCCCUACACUCAUCCCAGACUUUGGUAAGCUACUUUCCGUGCGAGUAGAUACCCCGCGUUACUGGCCUUUCUUCGUGGACUUGGAACACUCCCCGGAGCAAAAGAAGAACCUUCUCAAGAACCAAACGCUGUACGUCAAACGUCGGACAGCAUUUCUCAGCUAUACAGAAGAUCCCCGAGGCAGCCGAAGUCUAUUCCUUACCGACGCAAAAACCCAUCCUGCGAGCGAUUUGACUCACUUCAUCUCAUCCUUUUCGAAUGACACACUGUUUCUCGCCUUCGCUGAUUAUUUCUCACGGGACGACGGUGAGACGCAUGCAGAGAGGAUAUUCCACGCUAUCUUGCAGGAUAAGAUGGAGACGUUACAAUCACACCUAGCUCUCUACCAGUAUCGCACCCAGCCGGAGUCAGCAGCGUAUUUCCACCUCCGUCUGCAAGACCUCAGGUUCGCGGCUGACUUUUACAGCAAAGUUUUCGAACGUCGUUUUUGUGGUCGAGCGGAGCAUAAUGCCAGACCUCCCCUCAUCCGCGAGAAUACCGCUUCCGGCUCUCUACAAGCACUAGACAAGCGCCUUGGAGACCUCACAGCUCAGCCGAAAUUCAAUGAAAUAUUCGCUCGUUAUGCCCGAGGUGAGACUAUUGGGGAUGCAGAAGAUUUCGGUUCUCCUGGAGAGCUCUCCCGGUGCCUUGCUUGGUAUCUUUUGAGGAACGGCGUUCCUUCUGCUUCUCUACUGGUAAUUCUGCGCCAACUCGCCAGGGAUGCUUACGCCCAAUCUGUUUCACGAUCCCCUCCGGAGGGUACUGCGGACGUGAAGGGGCUCGAUGUAGGCAUUAAGGAGGUGUUGCGUGGGACUGGGACCAAGAUGAUAAAUGCAUUCGGAUCCGGCUGGUCGGGUUCCUCUCUUGACCGUGUUAUUGACGCAUGGCAGGGUGUUUCAUGAAAUAUUGCACACCAAGCGACU